AUGACAUUGCCUUGGGCCCAGCUAAAGCCCAAUGUCCAAGGGUGCAGGUGCAGGGAUCAAGGUGAACCUACACCUCAGGAUGCUGCCGGCCCUUCAGGUGAACGAGGGCAGGCCCCCACUCACUCCUUUCCAAAGGGUUUCUGCUCUUUCUCUGUUCAGUUCCCACUCCAACUGAGGCCCACGGGGGCCCACAUCAACAACACCAACGCCGAGUUCCACGGCUGCUCCAGCCCAGGGAACACAGAGCCCUCCAUGGCAGGUGGCGGGGCGGCCGAUGGAGUUUCAGAGACCAAUCAGUUGUCUGGAGUGUCCUGGGCUUCUCCAGGGAGAGCCAUGAGCUGCCAGCUGGGGUCACUCUGA